AAUUUUCAGUUUACGCGAAUGCAGUAUAAUCGUGUGGUGGCCGUCAAACAGGAAGCAACGUUCAGCUAUGCGUUCUAUCCGUCAGAUCAAUUCGCCGGGCGACCGCUGGGACUUGUGGUUGAGUUGCACUAUGAGGAUAAUGAUGGCAAAGCGUUUGUGCAUUCAGUUUUCAAUGAAACUGUGACGAUUAUUGAGGAUGAAUCAAAUUUCAACACGGAGACCGGAUUUUUAUACGUGAUCUUUGCAGCUGUGGUCGUACUAAUAUUGUUAGCUGGACAGCAUUUCCUCUCAAAGUUAACAAGGAAGCAUGGAAUGGCAAAAAGUCGACAGGCACAGCCUAUCGAAAUGGGCACAGGCAACAAAAAUGAAGUGGACUUCGAAUGGAUACCGCGUGAAAUACUCAAUCACAGCAAGUCGCCGAAGGGAGUACCAAGGCAAAGGAAACAAGCGCAGCGGACAUGA